CUAAAACACAGUAGCUCCACUCUGAACACAUAUUUCCUUGUUCCCUCCCCUUCAGAUCUGCAGUUGGAUGAUGGGUGGAACCAACAUGUGGUGACGAGGAAGAGCUGACAGGCUCCCUUCUCUGAACAAACACAUGAUUUGUAGAUCAGAGCUCAGACUAGUUUCAGGUUAAAGCAAGUGAAACUAACACAGUCAAUGUUACUGAGAUGUGAAAUGGCAGAGAGAAGAGAUCAGUUAAACCAAGAAACAUUUUCUUGUUCCAUCUGUCUGGAUCUACUGAAGGAUCCGGUGACUAUUCCCUGUGGACACAGCUACUGCAUGAACUGUAUUAAAAUCCACUGGGAUGAAGAGGAUCAGAAGGGAAUCUACAGCUGCCCUCAAUGCAGGAAAACUUUCAUACCAAGACCUGUCCUGGAGAAAAGCACCAUGUUGGUAGCUUUAGUGGAGCAGCUGAAGAAGACUGGACUCCAAGCUGCUCCUGCUGAUCACUGCUAUGCUGGACCUGAAGAUGUGGCCUGUGAUUUCUGCUCUGGAAGAAAACUGAAAGCCAUCAAAUCCUGUUUAUUCUGUCUGGCCUCUUACUGUGAGAAACACCUUCAUCCUCAUUAUGAAUCACCUACAUUCAAGAAACACAAGCUGGUGGAGCCCUCCAAGAACCUCCAGGAGAACAUCUGCUCUCGUCAUGAUGAGGUGAUGGAGAUGUUCUGCCGUACUGAUCAGAAGUGUAUCUGUUAUCUCUGCUCUGUCGAUGAACAUAAAGGCCACGACACAGUCUCAGCUGCAGCAGAAAGGACUGAGAGGCAGAGAGAGCUGGAGGUGAGUCGACAAGAAAUCCAGCAGAGAAUCCAGGACGGAGAAAAAGAUGUGAAGCUGCUUCAACAGGAGGUGGAGGCCAUCAAUCACUCUGCUGAUAAAACAGUGGAGGACAGUGAGAAGAUCUUCACUAAGCUGAUCUGUCUCAUCCAGAAAAGAAGCUCUGAUGUGAAGCAGCAGAUCAGAUCCCAGCAGGAAACUGCAGUGAGUGGAGUCAAAGAGCUUCAGGAGAAGCUGGAGCAGGAGAUCACUGAGCUGAAGAGGAAAGACGCUGAGCUGAAGCAGCUCUCACACACAGAGGAUCACAACCAGUUUCUACACAACUACCCCUCACUGUCAGCACUCAGUCCUUGGUCCUCCAGAGUAGGAGUGUAUCUGGAUGACAGAGCAGGUAUUCUGUCCUUCUACAGCGUCUCUGAAACCAGGACUCUCCUCCGCAGAGUCCAGACCACAUUCACUCAGCCGCUCUACGCUGGACUUCGUGUUGGUUCUGGAUCCAGUGCUGAGUUGUGUAAAGUGAAGUAAAGUUAUUUUCUCUGCUUGUUGCUGAGACUUCAUUGUUGUGAUGUCUCUGCUCUGCUGUUCUGUUGUUAAUUUUACUUUUUUAUUUGCUGGUUUUUCCUGUUUGUUUCUUUUUGGAGGAAAUCGCUGCUAAUGAUG